CUUUCUUUGGCCAGAGCCAAACAUCCUGCAGCCUGCUCCCGCCUGGACCUGAGGACCAAACCCAAACCAAGACAAAGCUCUUCCUGUUUAGGUCAGGCAGCAUGGAUGUAAGCAGUGCAUCAAACUCUCAGAUCCCCACACUGCACGCGGACGCCCUGUGUGGCGGCUGCCCGCCCUCUGGUUCUGCUCCGCAGUCCGGCGGCCUCUGGCCCACUCUGCCGCCGUCCGGGGCCGGGUUCCCCGCGUGGCCCGGGCAGCCCACCCAGCCCGUCCCGUGCUGGACCGGCCAACCAAACACCGCCUGCUGGCCCGCUCCCCAACCGGCUCCGGUUUCAGUCCCCGCUCCUAUUUCAGUUUCCGCACCGACUCAAGUUACAACGCCGCCGGCGCCGACCGCCACCUUGGUCCCAGCGCCAGUUCAGCUUCCGACUCCCGCAGUCCAGCAGCCCUGUCAGCCAUGUUGGCCUGCCACGCAGUACCAGCCGUCCCAGGUGCCGGCCCCGGCUCCGGCCGCCGUCCACCCGGGCUUACCCGGCUGGCCUGCUCACCCUGGCUGGCCUUACAACCCGGGGCAGUCAGGGUGGCCCGGACAGAAUCCGUCCAUGACGCCGCCCCACUGGCUUCCCCCUACAUCUGGACCAAUGAGUGUGCCGUACAACUUAAACCUGGCUCGAGGAGUAUAUGACAAAAUGAUGAUGACAAUCCUGGCUUAUGUCAAACCCAAUGCCAAAAUGUUCACAGUCAACUUCCUGAGAGGCAACGACAUUGCCUUUCACAUCAACCCACGCUUUAACGAGGGGGGCAAGCAGGCGGUCGUCCGGAACCACAAAUUGGGUGAUCGCUGGGGCCCAGAGGAGAGGGACCUUAAGGGACCCUUCCCUUUCGCUCCUGGGAGCCCGUUUGAGAUGAAGAUCCUGUGCACUCCCGAGACGUUCAGGGUGGCGGUGAACAACAUCCCGCUGUUCGAGUUCCGCCACCGCAUCCGAGAGCUGAACCAGAUCGACCGGAUCAACAUCCUGAACGACGUCGUCCUCACCUACGUCAACGUGGAGACGCUUCCUUAGGGAACCCGCCGCAGAUUUUUUUAACUACUUUUCACUCGGAAAUAAAGCACGGAUUGUCGGCUAAGUUUAAGAAAUGUGCUUGAAUCGAAACGUUUUUUUUUUCUUUGCAGAUUUCUGAAACAACUGACUAAAAAAAAAAAAAAGGUGAACAACUUAGAUUGUUUUCAGAUUAACCUAUUUGUUAAUCUGAAAAAGAAAAAAAUUCUAACAGCUUUGUCUGUGUUCACUUCUAGGGGUCGGCAUGAACUAAUGGUAGUAUUGCUUUUUAAUGAUUUACCAUUAUAUGAAUAUCCAGGUCUUUUCCCAGGUUUUAUGACACAAGUAAAACAAACUUGUGGUUUUUUUUAUAUUUUAUUUUUUUGUUAUUGUUGUUUUUCCAGAUAACAAUCCUGGACAAACACUAGCAAAAAUAAAAUCUUGCUAACCAUAAAAAACGUAAAUGAAAGUUGAAACAAUGUCGUUGAAUAACUGUAAAAUAACUGAAUAUUUGUUGCAAAAUCAAUAGGAAAGCAUCAAAAAUGUGCAUGUUUACUUUGCUAAAUAUUUUAAGAAUUUUUUUAUAUAAUACUUUGAUGAUUAUGUACAUUUGUGUUACACAUAGCUGCAAUAAGUACAAAUUACUGCCUUAGUAAUGGAUUUAACAAUUUAUUGCAUCUUUAUUUUUCAGUUUGAAGAGUUUGUCCUAAUUGUUGACAUUAUAUUGUUUAUUAAAUAAAACGUCACUAACUGAAUUUAUAACGUGAAUCUUGAAUAAAGGUUUGAGCAGGAAA